GUGUGUGAGGUGUGUGGCAGUGACCCACCAUCCCUACCCACCCAUCUCCACCUCUCCACCUGCGUGCGUGUUCCAGAGGCCAUGGCCGGGGCGUGGAGGCUGCCUCGAGGCAUGAGGCAGCUGGGCCUCCACCGCCUGGUCGCAGCCCUCAUCAUCUUCUGCCUGCUCUCCAUGGCCUACCUGGCCUACCACGUCAGCAGCACCCCCAAGAUCAAAGAGCCCCCGCCACUCCCGCAGGGCAACUGUGCCGCUCCGCUGCCCAUCGAGGGCGGGGGGGUAGGGGGGGUGAGCACCCUCCGAGGGGCGGGAGGGGGGUUCUACCCGUCACAAGGGAGUCGCAGGCGGGGAGGAGGAGGGGCGAAGGGGCUGGACACGGCGCGGACGGAACCGGUGGUACUAGUGCUGGUGGAGAGCAUCUACUCGCAGCUGGGUCAGGAGAUCGCCGCCAUCUUGGAGGCAGGAAGGUUCCGGUACCGGACGGAGAUGGCGCCGGGCCGGGGAGACCUGCCGAGCCUGGCGGUGCGCGGCCGGGGCCGUUACGCGCUGGUGGUCUACGAGAACCUCCUCAAGUACGUCAACCUCGACGCAUGGAACCGGGCCCUCCUGGACAAGUACUGCCAGGACUACGGCGUGGGGCUCGUCGGGUUCUACCGCGCCGGGGAGAACUCUCCGUCCAGCGCCCAGCUCCGCGGGUUCCCCCUCUUCCUCCGCUCCAACCUGGCGCUGCGGGACUACCGGGUCAACCCCGCCGCACCGCUCCUCUACGUCACCCGGCCCAGCCAGCUGGAGCCGGGGCCCCUCCCGGGCGAGGACUGGACCGUGUUCCUGUCCAACCACACCACCUACGAGCCGGUUCUGGUGGCCAGUCCCAGACCUCCAGAUGGGCCUGUGCCUCUGGCUCACCCCCAGCAGCAGAGGCCUCUCCUGGCCACCGUGGUCCAGGACCUGGGCCUGCACGACGGCAUUCAGCGGGUGCUGUUCGGAGGCAGCCUGUCGUUCUGGCUGCAUAAGCUGGUGUUCGUGGACGCGGUGGCCUUCCUCACGGGUGGGCGGCUGAGCCUGUCGCUGGAGCGCCACCUUCUGGUGGAUGUGGAUGACAUCUUCGUCGGCAAGGAGGGCACCAGGAUGAAGGUGUCGGACGUGGAGGCCCUACUGCACACGCAGAAUAAGAUGAGAGCCUUGGUGCCAAACUUCACCUUCAACCUGGGCUUCUCCGGAAAGUUCUUUCACACAGGAACUGACGAGGAGGACUUGGGAGACGACACUCUGCUGCGGCACAGAAAAGAGUUCUGGUGGUUCCCCCACAUGUGGAACCACAUGCAGCCACACCUGUUCCACAACGUGAGCGUGCUGGCCGAGCAGAUGAGGCUCAACAAACAGUUCGCCCAGGAGCAUGGCAUCCCUACAGACAUGGGCUACGCGGUGGCCCCCCAUCACUCCGGGGUGUACCCCGUGCACAGCCAGCUGUAUGAGGCCUGGAAGUCCGUUUGGGGGAUCAAGGUGACCAGCACGGAGGAGUACCCCCACCUACGGCCUGCACGCUUCCGCCGAGGCUUCAUUCACAACGAUAUAAAGGUUCUCCCGAGGCAAACGUGUGGCCUUUUCACCCACACCAUCUUUUACAAGGAAUACCCCGGAGGAUCAUGGGAGCUCGAUAAGAGCAUCCGCGGAGGGGAGUUGUUCAUGACGCUGCUGCUUAAUCCGGUCAGCAUCUUCAUGACCCACCUGUCCAACUAUGGGAACGACAGACUGGGGCUCUACACCUUCGAGUCGCUGGUGAAGUUCGUCCAGUGCUGGACCAACCUGCGGCUACAGACGCUGCCUCCCGUGCAGCUGGCUGACAAGUACUUCCAGAUCUUCCCAGAGGAGAGAGACCCCUUGUGGCAGAAUCCAUGUCACGACAAGAGGCACAAGGACAUCUGGUCCAAAGAGAAGACGUGCGAUCGGCUGCCCAAGUUCCUGAUUAUCGGCCCACAGAAGACAGGUACUACAGCUUUGCACUCGUUUCUCUCCCUCCAUCCCGCUAUCACCUGUAGCUUCCCCAGCCCAGUGUCCUUUGAGGAGGUGCAGUUCUUCAUCGGGCCCAACUACCAGCGUGGCAUUGACUGGUAUAUGGACUUCUUCCCGAUCCCGUCUAAUGUGAGCACAGACUUCCUGUUUGAGAAAAGCGCUAACUACUUUGACACUGAGGUGGCCCCAAUCAGAGCUGCCGCCCUUCUACCCAGAGCCAAGAUCAUCGCCGUCCUCAUCAACCCCGCCGACCGUGCCUACUCCUGGUACCAGCACCAGAGGGCCCAUGAGGACCCUGCGGCUCUGAACUUCUCCUUCCAUGAGGUGGUGUCUGCCAGCCGCGUCUCCCCACCAGCCCUCCAAGCCCUCCAGCGGCGCAGCCUGGGGCCCGGAACCUACGCUUCUCACCUGGAGAGGUGGCUGCAUCACUACCAGCCCAGCCAGCUGUUGAUAGUGGAUGGGGUUCUGCUUCGUUCCAACCCAGUUCAGGUGAUGGACGGGGUGCAGAAGUUCCUGGGUGUCACACCCCAUUACAACUACACACAAGCCUUGAUGUUUGAUGAGAGUAAGGGCUUCUGGUGCCAGAGGCUGGACGGAGCGCGCUCACGAUGCCUGGGGAAGAGCAAAGGCAGGAAGUACUCGGACAUGUCCGCUGAGACACGGGCCCUGCUGUCGGAACACUAUCGCGAGCAGAACCUGGAGCUGCUGCGCCUGCUCAACCGCCUGGGUCAGGCUCCGCCCCCCUGGCUGAGGGAGGAGCUAAAAGGAGGAAGCUGGAGCUGAGAGACUCUGCCCACCCCUCUGCCCAUCUCAUGUUUACCCCCAACCAGAACCAGGGGACAAACCCCCCACUGACCCACCCCCGCUCCAGAGGCAGAGGUCUGGAGCUCCCAGCCGGGGGACCCUAGAGAAGGCCUCAGACACACCUGUCAGUCUAUACGUGGGCUAUAUGCAGUGACAUGGGGGCCCCCGACACUCAAGCUCAGAGCCACCUGUCAGAGGUGUCGGUGUUCUGACACUCAAAGGGGCUCCCGUCCUAAUGCCUUGAAGGUUCCAGCGGUUCCACUGACCUGGAGUCAUUGGGGAGAACCCUACUCACAAGAGGAGGGGGGGUUUCAUAGGGCUUCAUGUAUCACUGGCCCCAGGGAGCCAAUGGCGUGAAUGCAUUACGAAAACACAGGCUCACAUUAACCAAUCAGGGGUCUCAGAGAUGCCAAAUGUGGACGAGGAUGCCUGGUUGGCAUUGGUGGCUUUCUCCCCAGGGCCUGACCUGCAGACAGGCUGGGAAUGCCUUUCUCCUCUACUGAGGGCCUUGCAGCCGUCCAGGACUUCUGGGUCAAAGACCCUGGAUAACUGUGAGUUGUGAAUUCCUACGUUGCACCACGACCUGUCCUUCAGGAGCUUCUGGUGUCUGGGGGCAUGGGCAAAGUAACGGGACAUGUAUUGGCAAUCAACCUACUUAGCUGGACAUGAACCUAUAAAUUAGGGGAUCACUAGAGGUACUGUAAUCUCCUGGUGGCCUUUUUGGGGACACA